AUGGGUACAAACUCACUAUCUCCGACUUCAAUCCAUUUACGUUGCAUUCCUUCCUCUUCACUGCAAUAUAUUCCAUCCAAUAUAUACAACCACCUCAUACACUUCAACAAUCAAAUUAAACACAGAAGCAGCUGUUUUAUAGUCGUCGCAGUCUCACCUUCCUCAGCCAAAGAUGUCUGGCGAAGAACACUGCCACCAUCGUACCCACCUACCCACCAGCCUUAUCGCCGAAAAAAGAGCUCAGCGUUACACUUGGAUCACAGCGUCGACAUGGACGAGCUGUUAUCAUCAAUUAGACAGACCGCAAAUGAGCAAGAACUGUAUUCUCUGUUGUCACCCUACAAGAGUCGAACACUUUCGAUACGGUUCAUGGUGACUCUUCUUUCACGUGAGCCCGACUGGCAAAGAUCGGUCGCAUUGCUAGACUGGAUCAACGAAGAAGCUUUGUACACUCCCUCCGUGUUUGCGUACAACGUUGUCUUGCGUAAUGUGCUUAGAGCUAAGCAGUGGCGGCUUGCGUCUGGACUGUUCGAUGAAAUGCGCCAACGAGCGUUAUCUCCUGAUAGGUAUACUUAUUCCACACUCAUUACGCAUUUUGGCAAAGAGGGUAUGUUUGAUGAAGCUUUAUCUUGGCUUCAAAAGAUGGAGCAAGACCGUGUGUCCGGUGACCUUGUCUUGUAUAGUAAUUUAAUUGAGUUGUCGCGCAAACUUUGUGAUUACUCCAAGGCCAUAUCUAUUUUUUCUAGAUUGAAGGGGUCGGGCAUUACGCCUGAUCUUGUUGCUUACAAUUCGAUGAUUAAUGUGUUUGGCAAAGCCAAGCUUUUUCGUGAAGCACGGUUGCUGCUUCAAGAGAUGAGUUCAACUGGGGUUUUACCCGAUACAAUUAGCUAUUCAACGCUUUUGAGUAUGUACGUUGAGAACCAGAAGUUUGUGGAGGCAUUGUCAGUGUUUUCUGAGAUGAAAGAGGUUAAAUGUCCUCUUGAUCUCACGACGUGCAACAUUAUGAUUGAUGUAUAUGGGCUUCUUGAUAUGGCUAAGGAAGCUGAUAGACUCUUUUGGAGCAUGAGGAAGAUGGGGAUUGAGCCAAGCGUUGUUAGUUACAAUACCCUUUUGAGGGUUUAUGGCGAGGCUGAGCUUUUUGGGGAAGCCAUACAUUUGUUUAGAUUGAUGCAGAGGAAGGAUAUUGAGCAAAAUGUUGUUACUUAUAACACCAUGAUUAAGAUUUAUGGUAUGACACUUGAGCAUGAAAAGGCUAAUAAUCUCAUACAAGAGAUGCAAAGGAGAGGGAUUGAGCCCAAUGCUGUUACAUACUCAACGAUAAUAUCCAUAUGGGGCAAGGCAGGGAAAUUGGAUCGAGCAGCAAUGCUGUUUCAGAAGUUGCGCAGCUCUGGGGUUGUCAUUGAUCAGGUCCUCUAUCAGACUAUGAUUGUGGCAUAUGAGAAGGCAGGGUUGGUUGCGCAUGCUAAACGCUUGCUCCAUGAGCUUAAGCGCCCCGAUAAUAUCCCUAGGGAAACCGCCAUUACAAUUCUUGCUGGAGCUGGUCGAAUUGAAGAGGCCACUUGGGUCUUUCGGCAAGCUUUUGAUGCUGGGGAGGUGAAGGAUAUAUCGGUCUUUAGGUGUAUGAUUGAUCUUUUCUCAAGAAAUAGAAAGCACACAAAUGUCAUUGAGGUUUUUGAGAAAAUGAGAGGAGCAGGUUAUUUUCCUGAUUCUAAUAUGAUUGCUCUGGUCCUGAAUGCUUAUGGCAAGUUACGGGAGUUUGAGAAGGCAGAUGCUGUAUAUAAGGAGAUACAGGAAGAAGGUUGUAUGUUUUCAGAUGAAGUUCACUUUCAGAUGCUGAGUCUCUAUGGUGCAAGAAGGGAUUUCAAGAUGGUAGAGUCAGUGUUUCAAAGAUUGGACUCCGAUCCCAACAUCAACAAGAAAGAGUUACAUCUUGUUGCUGCCAGCAUUUACGAAAGAACAAAUAGAUUAAAUGACGCCUCUCGAAUCAUUAACAGGAUGAGCGACAAAGGAAUUCUAAAAUCAUGGCCAUCUUAG